CCGGGAGCGUACCAACACCUAGAGGAAGACAGCGCUCCUCCGCGUCAUUUGUGCACGUGCUGCGAGCGAGCGCGCGACACCGCCGUUUGCCCUGAGCGACUCGUUUGCUGAUCGGUGUAACACCAAAUAAAUUCGUACUUCUCAAACGACCGGUGAAGCCGAGGAGCGAUGUGCUGGUGAAACAGUCCCUACCCGUGUUUUACCUCCAGGAAGUGUGUGUUUGUAGGCUGAGCCAGCGCUCGACUGUCAGCUGAGCCGCGGCUCCCCAGCCCGUCCUACAAGUCAUCCGACUCUGCCGGACAAGUGUUUGGAUAAACCGUGUUUAAAUUAAAGGUUUAAUUUGUGGUUUCCAGCUUGUUUAACAGGAGGCUGUUUUAUUUUUGUGAUCGUGCGCGGACGGUUUACCCAGGUUUUCAGUCAGUGAUAUUUAUUUUUACAUCGCCGCGAACAACACCCCGCACAGACACGGGUGAGUGUGGGCUUUUCGCAAGAAGAGCCUCUGAUUGAUGAAAAACAUGCUGGGACUGUACUGAAGCAAAAUGGAUCCUGAGGAACAAGAGCUGCAGAAUGACUACCGGUAUCGGAGCUACUCAGCUGUCAUUGAAAAGGCGCUCCGCAACUUUGAGUCCUCCAGUGAAUGGGCUGACCUCAUCUCCUCUCUGGGCAAGCUCAACAAAGCUCUUCAGAGCAACCUGAAGUAUUCCCUACUUCCCCGGCGGCUGAUCAUCGGCAAACGUUUAGCCCAGUGCCUGCACCCAGCACUGCCCAGCGGUGUACACCUUAAGGCUCUUGAGACCUAUGAGGUCAUCUUCAAGAUCAUUGGCACCAAAUGGCUUGCCAAGGAUCUCUUCAUCUACAGUUCUGGGCUGUUCCCCCUCCUGGGCCAUGCAGCCAUGUCUGUGAAGCCAGUACUGUUGAUGCUCUAUGAGCGUUACUACCUGCCUCUACAACGAGCCCUCUUGCCUAGUCUACAAGCCUUUGUCAUGGGCCUGCUUCCUGGGCUGGAGGAGGGGCUGGAGGUGUAUGACAGGACAGAUGCCUUGCUGCUGAAGCUGUCCCAGCAGGUUGGACAGUGUGUAUUCUAUGGAGCGCUGUGGGGCAGUGUACUAGUCAGCCCUCUGGUUCGUCUUCCUGCCUCCCACUUCAUUGUCACACACUUCGACAGAAUGGCCACUGGCCGCGAGCAGAGACACAUGCUUGGCUCUGACCAUAAGCUAGUGUUGAAAUCCAUCUGCCUGUCACUACAGGACUCCAAUGUGCUGGUGCAGAGGAACAUGCUGGAGAUUCUUCUCUUCUUCUUCCCCUUCUGUACCUGUUUAGAUCCAACUGAAGCCAGCAUUCCCUUGUCCCGGGAUGACGUGAUCUCCCUUGUGUGCGCCGCCUCUCUGACCUUGCUUAGGAGGGACAUGUCACUGAACAGGAGACUAUACGCUUGGUUGCAAGGCACAGAUUCCAAGGGGAGCAUGUUGGCACCGGAUCCAAACAUGUCCUCUACUUUGGAGGAGCACAUGGCUUUCUACUUUGACCACUAUUCCAGGGAACUGCUGCUACAGGCCGUCGUCGACAUCCUGAGGCUGAAGACCAUGCAGUCUGAACCAGAGACUCUCACGGCAUACCUCAGACCUUUCCGCAUCAUCCUCAGCUUGCUAGACAAGCCAGAGAUUGGCCCGAAAUUGACUGGGGACCUGAUGUUGGAGGUCAUUAGGGCUCUAUAUAGCUAUGUCAGCGAGAUGCUGGGGGAGGAGACUACUUUGGGCUCCAGCCUCAUCACAAACCAGUUGGCCAGUAAAGUCAAAGAGAGCAAGAAUGCAUCCGAGAUCAUCAAAACGGCAAACAUGCUCAUCAGCUCGCUGAACAGUGACUACGUGUGGAACUACAUGACCAGGUGUUUCUGGGCCUGUCUCAGCAAGGGAUCCUCAGGGCACCCUACAUCCACUGUGCUGGAGGACAGAUGUGCCCCACCCUCUGUUUCUGAGAUAUCUACUCUGAUCAUGUUCCUGCUGGAUGUCAUCCCUCUGGAGCUAUACACUGAGAUCCAAACAGAAUACCUGCCACAAAUGCUGGGCAGCAUGCUGCAGGCGCUCCGGGGUCAGCUAGGAGAGAUCAGCCUGUCUGAGCUCACGCAGGCACUGCGUGCCUGCUUCAGGGUGCUCAGUAAGAUCCAGAUGCCUGUGGCCUACAUGGAUAUGGAGGCAGAAUCACAGACACACAAGGAUGAGGCUAAGGAGAAUCAAGGAGCCAUUCAGGGAGAUGGAGCACAUGGAGAAGAUGACAGAGGUGAUAAAGACAGCAGAGAGGAAGACGUGGAGUCUGAGAUAGGGGAGCUGGAUGGAGAGGCAGAGCUGGACACGGGGCUUGCAGAUGCAGCAAUUCCCACUGUGCGCUCUGAGGACAGUGGGCUCGGCCUCAGUACGUCUACUUCUGAGCAACAUCUGUCCCGAGAAAGGAUGGGACUGGAGACAGGGGUGUGUCCUGGGAGGGGCGAUGUAUGGAGAAAGGGAGGCAUUGUGGAAGACAUGACACACAGCAUGCUGGACAUCCUGGACUCUUUCAUCAGCAGGUUUCUGCUCUGUCCAGUGUGUGAGGAGAAAAAGCAGCAGGAAGCCAUUGAUACCAGCACUUAUGCAACUGGCCUUGGUACUAGGGCCUUGGCGAGACAGAGAGGGAGCCGUGAGCUAGGGCAGUUCAGAGAGAAGCUGACAGAGUUCUUCACUCCCAACAAACAGAAGUUGCAGCAACUGGCAGACUUUUCCUUCCCUUCGCACAGGAAAGGUGGAAAGGGCACAGGAGAAGGCCAGCUGCACUGGGGGGCAGGCUACAAGUCAAGGGAUAGGUCAGAUAUUUCCGAGGCUUGUCGACAGGCCUUCACCGCCAUCUGUCACCUGCUUUUGGAGUGUAGUACCUUCCCUGUUUACCUGCUAGAGGAUGAGAGAGAAACUCUGAAUACUGCACUUUUCCAUAAUGCAGGAAAUGAUAAGCACAGUCUUCCUGUGUGGUUGAGGUCUUUGAUGACCCUAUGCUGUCUGUCGAAGGACAACCACAUCCAACAUGUAGCCAUCUCAUCCGUUCUGGAGCUGUUGAACCACUCCCAUUCCUUGGCCCUGGUUAUCGAGGACAAGAACCGGCGCUAUAAGAGCUCUGAUAGCAAUCCGUUCAGCGGACAACUGCAGAUGCUCACUAUUCCACCCAUUUACCCCAGGGUCUUCAAGGCCAUUGAAGAAUACACAGACUUUUACCAGAGGUUGGCACAGGUACUAUGGGGGCAGUUGGACUCAGAGAGAGGGGAGCUUCAUGUCACUUGUGUGGAGCUCUUCUAUCGGCUUCACUGCCUAGCACCCACAGCCUCAGUCUGUGAAGACAUUGUCUGCCUGGCACUGCAGCAUCGAGAGAAGGUGGUACAACUUGAAGCUCUACACAGGUUCUCUGUACUGUGGCACCUGACCCGGGAGAUACAGAACAACAGAUCUGUGUCCUUGAACCGUUCCUUUGACAGAUCACUUUUUGUGGUUCUGGACUGUCUCAACAGUCCAGAUGGGUCUGUGAGAACUGCUGGGCAGAGCUGGCUCAUCCGGGCUCUCUCCCUCAAUGAUGUCGCUCGAAUUCUAGAACCCAUUCUUCUGCUACUGCUUCACCCUGAGACUCAGCGCUGCUCUAUUCAGUGCCUCAUGCAGAAUCUGGCUGGAGGCCAUCUUAAGAUGUUUAAAUGGAAGGACCGUGCAAUAUCUCAUAAUGCUGAGACUUCUCUGAAUGGCAUUGCAAUGGAGAGCCUGUCUGAGGACACUCUGUUGAGCUGGCUGGCUGUGGUAGACCGUGAAGUACUGUGGGCAGACCUUGAGCAUGUGCCAGAGAUGGUGAAUGUGCCAGAGCUACCUGAGGAGGGCAGAAGGUGGAGCGAGGAUACUGAGGGAGAAGAUGAAGAAUCAAGGCAGGAUGCUAUGGAGGAAGAGCAAGAGGAAAGUGAGCACACUGAGUCAGCAGAUACCAGCGGUGCUCAGCUCUCCACAGAGGACUCUGGUUCGGGCUCUGCUCCCUACUUGCAGCGAGUUGACUCAGAGCGGACACAGGCUUCUGAGUCACUGUCCAGUGAGGAGGAGGAAGAAGAGCUGGCUGCCAUGGCACGACUGCGGCACCUGAAGCAGCUACAAGAGCGACGAGAGGCAGUAGAUGCUCUCUACAGGCACACACUCCUGUACCUCCAACCUUACAACCACGCCCGCAUCCUCCAUGCCUUUGGUGCGCUGGAGAGCCUCAUUCGGACAAAUGGUCAGCCAUUUGUCGAGGCUGUGUCUACUACAACACUGGAUACAGGCAGUGCUGCCCAUCUUGGACUGGUCCAAAAUCUGCUACAACGUCAUCAAGAAUCACUGGAGGGCCGCAGUUUCUAUGGGCGCUGGCAGCCCCAGUCCAUGGAGUCAGGGCCCCAAUGUCUGCUGAUUGAACUACUUGUUAGUGUUUGCCUCAGCUUUCUGCGCUCACACUAUCCUCGCUACUUGCAAGUGGGUGCGCUGGAGGUGCGGGGGAAUCUCCAAGUCAAGGUGACGAGUGUGGAGGUGUUGACAUGCCUGCUCGGUCAGCUGAUUGGCCCUGUUCGGGACCACGAACGGCGCAGCCUGGACCUUGUCUGCCAGCUGCUGUCAAGCAGUGGGUUGCAGCGCUAUGUCCUGCUCUCAUUAUCUACCUCCAUGCAUGUCAGCCAGCGGCCUGGCAUUGAGAAGGACAAGGAGGCCCAGCUGUCGAUGGAUGUCACAGAUGGGCUGUCUGAGGAGCGAAUGAUUGAGCAGAGCCGAGACGCUGGCUGCAGUGAGCAAGCCCUACAGGUGGAGCUGCUGAAACUGCUGCAGGUACUGGUGGUACUGGAGCACCAUGCAUACGCUGAAGGAGGUGUGGAGAAGGGCACAACUGCCGGCGGCACCUCCCCGCUGGCCCGUGAAUGGCAAACUGCCCAACAGUACCAGCAGUCCAUUCGUGCACAACAGUACAUACCCGCGCAGCCCAUCACGGCCCAAGGCAUGUUUGUCUCUGCCGCAGCCUCUGCCCUGCUGCCACGCUAUGGGUACGCAAUGCACCCACCCUGGGUGUCAAUGAUUUGUUCUUCUCUGCCUUACCUUGGCCGCUCCCUGGCUGUUAUUGUUGCCCCAUUCAUUGCCCAGAUCUGCAAGAACUUGGAUGAGCUGGUGCGGCAGUAUGAGCAUGAGGUCGACAGGGCCUCCCACAGUGUCACCUUCAGAAGGGAGAGCAUUGCCUUAGAUUACCCCCUAACCCUAAUGGAAGGCCUGACCACCAUCACUCACUACUGCCUGCUGGACAAUAGGAAGCAGUCCCCUGUAAUCCCUGACCCCGUAGACCUACGAAAUGCUCGUAAUGCCAUCCUGGAGGAGAUGCCACGGGCAGUCAGCACUAUGGCCCUGCUGUGGAGUGUGGUGAGGCGUGAGGAAGGCCAAAGGAAAGGCUCAGACACUGUUCAAACAGCCCGGAACACCACUACGUCUGUGUGUUUUAGAAAUGCAAAGGUCCUCAGACUAAAGGUGCUGGAAUUUUUGGAUCCACUGAUGGCACCCUUUGGGGUUCAGGUUAUGGCAUCAGUUGGUGCCGUAUGGAACACCAGGAGGAGCAAGAAGGGCCGCAAUAAAAAUAAAGUCUUACCAGUGGCCAGUGAAUCUCGUCUGACCAUCGUAGACCUGGUGAAAUCCCUGAGUACCCUACGUACCAAUACCAUUCUGCACCUCGUAAAAGAAGUUGUGAAAAAGCCCCACCAGAUCAAGGGAGACUCGAAGUCUACACUGGUUGAUAUCCCACUUCUUCAGUUUAGCUACACCUUCAUUCAAAGCAUCUGUGCUCAAGCACUCCAGGAAAAUAUCACUCCCCUCCUGUGCCUGCUGAAGGAGUCUGUCCAGAUGAACUUGGCCCCUCCUGGACAAUUCCUUCUGCUGGGAAUUCUCAAUGACUUAGUUAACAGACUCCCUAAUCUGGACAAUAAGAAAUAUUCCAAAGACCUGCAGGAGGUGACCCAGCGGAUCCUGGAGGCAGUGGGCAGUGUGGCAGGCUCGUCCCUGGAGCAGACCAGCUGGCUUAGCCGUAACCUGGAGGUGAAAGCCCAGCCGCAGGUGUGCCCGGAGGAGGAUGACCUGGAUGAGCCAGACCUCUAUGAUUUGACUGCUCAGCCCAAUGCCAUGGUGUCUUCGUCAGCCCCAUCUGUGUACAGCGUCCAGGCCCUCAGCUUGUUGGCAGAGGUGUUGGCUCCUCUCUUGGACAUGGUGUACCGCAGUGAUGAAAAGGAGAAGGCAGUUCCCCUGAUCUCACGCAUCAUGUACUAUGUCUUCCCCUACUUGAAAAACCACAGUAACUACAACAUGCCUAGUUUCUGUGCCGGUGCCCAACUCCUCAGUAGCCUCAGUGGAUACGCCUACACCAAGCGUGCCUGGAAGAAGGAGGCAUUUGACCUUUUCAUGGACCCCCUCUUCUUCCACAUGGACGCUGCCUGUGUUCCACACUGGAAGUCCAUAGUUGACCAUUUGUUGACUCAUGAGAAGACCGUAUUCAAGGAGCUAAUGACCAUGCAGAGCAGCUCACUGAAGGUGCUACCCAACCAAGAGCAGAAGGCACUCCUACUUAAGCGCCAGGCCUUCUCUGUGUUCAGCGGCGAAUUGGACCAAUACCACCUCUACCUACCGCUAAUCCAAGAGCGUUUGACAGAGAACCUGCGAGUUGGACAGACUCCUUCUGUAGCAGCCCAGAUGUUCCUAACCUUCCGGGUUCUCCUUUUGCGCAUCUCCCCCCAGCACCUCACUUCACUGUGGCCCAUCAUGGUCACUGAGCUAAUACAUACAUUUGUUCAGCUGGAAAGGAGUUUGGUAGCAGUCAAAGAGGUUUCAAAACCAGUGGGCAGAGGCAAUGUGGGACGAGGAGUGCCCGGGAGGCAUGGCCCUGCCCGUCUGUUUCUCCAGAGUGAGCUGGACAUGUACUUGUCAGCUUGCAAGUUCCUGGAUAUGGCCCUUUCCUUCCCACCUGACAGGAUGCCACUCUUCCAGAUGUACCGCUGGGCAUUUGUUCCUGAGGUGGAUACAGAGAACUAUAGUGGUCCAGAGAAUGGCCUGAUGGAAGGGGAGCAGGAGUGUCAACCCCACAUUCUUAGGAUCCUAGAAGGGCUUCACCACAGGUUUGAGGACUUAAAUGGCACAGGUGAGACCAAAGGAGAUGUUGAACGACCGGAAUUCCCUCUACUCACGAUGCGAUCCAUCUCCUGCAUCUCUGAGCUGUGGCCUUUUCUGCACAUCCUGAGCUGCUCCUUCAGGUGUCCCAGCAUUCACCGAGGACCUCAGCCCAUGGCCCAGUACCCAGUGGCCAACAGUGACCUGGUUUUGAACAGACUUGAGCUGGUGAUGGAGCAGGAGUUCCUAGAGAGCGUUGAAGGCUAGAAUCAGGAGCUUGGCUUUUCCACCAAAUUGUUGCUACAAUGUCUUGCUUGUUUCUUCAGACCUGGGCCGGAAUGUCAUGGGUUCUUUACGCAGGAACUGGGAAUUUUAUCUCUGUGAGGGUCGAACCCCCACAGUCUCCUAGAGGAAGACCUUUUUUCACCUUGUGGGUUUUCUGAAUGUAACCUAGCCCAUCCCUGGUUGUGGCAUCGGGACACCCCCCAAAACAAUGCUUUUAUGCAUACUAGCCAGUGGUCUUCCCAUAAAGUGAAAAAUCAAGUUUUUUUUUUUUUUUUUUUUUUUUUUAAUAUCCUUCGAAAUUACAUGUGCAGCAGAGGAGUGAUGCAUUUAAUGAGAAAGGCAAUAAACACAUUUCAUAACCUGUUUAACACAGGGUGAAAUCCAAGUGCUGUCAAUCUUUUGCUUCAUUCUGAAUGUUAAUUUUGUCUGUGUCUAUUAGCUGGUGCCUGACAUGAUAGCACAGUACAUUCCAGUCAUGAGGGACAAUUUUUUUUUUUUCCUUCCUCCUGUCUUCCAUAUUGCAGCUACAGUAUAGAAAAGGAAGAAAAUCAUUACUGACCUGUUAUUAAUCAUGAUGCAUAGACCCUUUAUGUACAAUCUAUAAUACCCAUUAAAAUCAAACCUGUCUGAACCACAGAUGGCAAAGAUUAUAUAGGAGUAAGUGUGCUGUAGGUAUUAUGACUUUUGGAGCAAGUGUGCAAUAGACUUAAUCUAGUUUCAGAGCAACUAUAGUGUAGAUGUAUCCACCUUUGUAGUGGGUAUUGUCUUGUUCUGUAUUGACUCUGGAGGCUUAACAUAUGGAUGUUCCAUGUGUUAUGUACUGGAUGAGAUUUUUGAGGAAUGAGAAAUCCCACAGGUGAUUGUUUUGACCAAAUGCACAGUUUGAGUGUAGAUGAUCCCUUUUACCUUCAUAUAUUUAAUUCAACGGAAGAGCUCACCCUCUUAUUAUCUGGUUCCAUG